AUGGCGGAGAGUGCGGAACUGAAGCAAAUGGUAAUGAGCCUUCGAGUUUCAGAGCUCCAAGUGUUGUUGGGAUACGCAGGACGGAACAAGCACGGGCGCAAACACGAACUUUUGACCAAAGCUCUCCAUCUACUCAAGGCCGGUUGCAGUCCUGCAGUGCAGAUGAAGAUCAAAGAGCUCUACAGACGGCGCUUCCCAACCAAAAUGGUUUCGCCGGUCGACCUGGCUCUGCCCGGUGUCCACUCUGCCUCCAGCCUGCCUGCUGGCCUUGCCCAGCUGGGAUUCGACAGCCACGGUUCCGCAUCGCCUCUGCUGCCUGUUUCUUUACUUGGGCCGAAGCAUGAGCUGGGUUUGCCUCACCUCCCCUCCGCCCUUCACCCCGUACAUCCCGAUGUCAAGCUCCAGAGAUUGCCAUUCUACGACGUACUGGAUGAGCUCAUUAAGCCAACCAGCCUGGCCUCAGACAACAGUCAGCGGUUCCAGGAAGCAUGUUAUGCCUUUGCAUUAACACCACAGCAAGUUCAACAGAUCAGCAGCUCCAUGGAUAUAUCUGGGACCAAAUGUGACUUUGCUGUUCAAGUUCAGUUAAGAUUUUGUUUAUCAGAGACGAGCUGUCCCCAGGAGGAUCAUUUCCCCCCUAAUCUCUGUGUGAAGGUGAACGGCAAACCCUGUAAUCUUCCGGGAUAUCUUCCUCCAACCAAAAAUGGAGUUGAACCAAAAAGGCCCAGUCGUCCCAUCAACAUAACCUCUCUUGUCCGACUGUCCACCACAGUCCCCAACACAAUUGUGGUGUCAUGGACUUCAGAAAUUGGGAGGAGUUUUUCCAUGGCUGUUUAUCUGGUAAGACAGCAGUCGUCGGCAGUGUUGUUGCAAAGACUACGGGCCAAAGGAAUUAGGAACCCUGACCACUCGAGAGCUCUGAUCAAAGAGAAAUUAACAGCUGAUCCAGAGAGUGAGAUCGCCACCACCAGCCUACGAGUCUCUCUCCUGUGUCCUCUGGGGAAGAUGAGGCUGACAAUCCCUUGCAGAGCUUUGACAUGUUCUCACCUUCAGUGCUUCGAUGCUACACUUUACAUCCAAAUGAAUGAGAAGAAGCCGACCUGGGUGUGUCCAGUCUGUGACAAGAAGGCGCCUUACGAGCACCUCAUUAUCGACGGGUUGUUCAUGGAAAUCUUGAAUAGCUGUUCUGACUGUGAUGAAAUCCAGUUCAACGAAGAUGGAAACUGGUCCCCCAUGAGGUCGAAGAGAGAGGUGCAGGACGUGUCUGCUUCGUACAACGGUGUAGACAGCGAUUCGUCUCGGACAGACGCACACGAGCACAAACGGGGAUCGUCUCAUGACAAUAACAAGAACGUUGACGUGAUUGACCUGACACUGGAUAGCUCCUCAGAGGACGAGCUAGAUGAUGAGCCGCCUCUUAAAAGGCCCUGUCCCUCGCUGUCACCUGUCUCUCCACCUCCAAGCAAGGGAGUGCUGAACCUCCACAGCCAAUCGCCACCUGUGAGCAGAGCACCCAGCCUGCCCAGCGUGGAUACCAGCUACAUUCCUCCCCCUCCGCCUCUUAUCCAGGACUAUCGCCACUAUUAUCACACAACUAGUGACCUGCCAGAUCUAAAUUUCUUCUCCUUCCUCCAAGGCGACAAUCAGCAUUACAACAUGGUGAUGGCUGCCGCGGCAGCUGCAUCAGCAUCAGCCUCAGAGGACCACGACUUGCUCCUGAACCGCUUCCUGCCCUACGGCUCCUCUCCGAUGCUACGGGAGCAGCCGGGCACCCCGGGGAGCAGCACGCUGGCAGCCACCAACGGCGGCAGCAACAGCGGCAGCACCAGUAGUUUGGUGUCUUCCAGCAGUCUGCGGGACCGCGACAAAGACAGAGACAGGGACAGCCACAGCAUCUCAGGGUUGUCGAGGUCCUCGGUGGAAGCUGCAGCGGCGGCAGCCAUUUAUGGCUCCAUAUCUGACGUUAUCUCUCUUGACUAGACCCACACAAGACUGAAAGGACAUGGGAGACCUCGAGGACAGGAGUUCUUUGUAAAUAAGGAAGGGUAAGAUGAAAGAAUACAGUGCUAUGUACAGAGAGGAAAAUCUAUUUUCAAUUUUACUUAUCAUAUGUAUAUAAACUUAGGACGCUUCUUGUCCGGUGAGUUACUUCAGUUGAUAUUUUUCUGUGAAUACUGAAGACUUUUUCACAUUUCUUCAUGUGGUCCUUUGAUUAUAUUGUACCUUUUUGUACCUGGUUUUUACAGUUUUGUUUCGAUAUUCCAUGUCAAUUGCAUUAUUUCAGUAUAUUAUGUGCACAGAACCCAAUGAGGUGACACCUUAUGUAACAUGAUAUUUAAAGUAUAAAAAAAAAAAUGGGCAUUGUUAUAGAUGUACAAAGGGCAAGUCACAGCAAAACAGGAACAUGUGUAACACUUUUUUUAUUUCCUAAAUGGCAUCAUUUCUGUCAAAGCUGUCUUGACAGCAGAAAGAUCUCGCCAUUUUUGCCAUCACUGUAGAUUUUUCAGUCAGACAUCGAUGCUGUGGUCAUUUAAUUUUCAAGGAAUUAUUUAUGAUGUAAGUUAUGUUGUAUGUAUGCUGUUUUUAAAGAAGCAUUCCUUAUGCCUCUAUGAACUGUUGCCACUAGAAUUGAAAAUGCUAGAUCCUUCUGUUGUCAGAACUCUGCACUCUUUUCACCUGUUUCAGUCAAUCAAAUAUGAACCAUAGUGUAUAGUUUAGACUGUACCAAAAUUGCAUAUGAAUUGGGAGUAAGUCAGUAUUGUAAGACAACGUGUAAAUGAAUGGCACUAGUCCAGCAAGCAGCCUUAUUUUUCUGUAAGUUUCUUCUAAAGUGCACCUGUUUUAUUUUGAAUAUCACACUUAAAAUUAUGCCUGAAAGACUAAAGCGUAGUGGCCGGUUGACAUCUUUCAACACAGCUAGUUUCUGGUCCACUUGAGGUUAAUUUGACAUUUCAUGAUGCAUUAAUGUUAUUUUAGCACUUGAUCUUUACAUAAAGGCUGUGUGGAGCACUGAAGAGUCCACAGUUGCAGGGAACACUUCAAGAGUUGUUUUCAGCUUUCUGUGUCCCUGCAAAUUGCCUGAAAAGCUCACGUGUUUGUGUGUGUGCUAUGCGGUUCCUUACUGAGGCCACAGGAUGCAGAGCCUUUCUGCUGCAGCCUGUGAGAGAACUGUGAUAGCGUAUUUUUUGAGUGUAUCACAACAUGCAUUUUGGCCCUGAAGUUAAAACCAUUGAAGUUAUUAUGGAUGCAUCCCCUCCCCUUUAUUUUUCUUGACUUGUGCUUACAACUAGGAUUAUUUAUUAUCAUAUAUAUUUUAAGCAUUUGUUUGAUUUGUGGAUAUGCAUUGCUGUCAUUGUAUGUGAUAUUUCUUUUGUAAUUAUAUAAUUAAUGCUAUUUAAAGAUGUCAUAGUUGCUUGACAUGCAUUGUAACAUUUUCUGUUUGUUUUACUAUCAGAUGAUGUCAAUAACUCAAUAGAGGCUUUGAUCAUUUUGAAUCGCUACAAGGUCUACUGUGCUGUUUGAUACUUAAUUCAACGGAUAGAAAGUGCACAUCUGUAGUUGCUCUGAAAGCAGUGCUGAUUCAGCUGCAUGGGAAAAAAUCCUUAGCUUAAUCACAGUUUAAUACAGCACAUGCUUGUAGUAGAGGCAGAUAUAUUGACGUUUUGCAGACAGUCAGCCUAUGUGAAGGACAUUGAGUAACCAGAAUUUGCUGUAGAGAAACACCAAUAUAUGUUUAGAAAUGGUGUCAUAUUACAGUUUUUCCACCAGAGGGCACUGAUAAUGAAAGUCAGAACUAAAUUUCCUACCAAACCAUCCAAUAGUUGUUGAAACAUUUUACUUAAAAAGAAAAAACCCAAACAUCAACCUCAUGGUAGUGCUACAGGGAAAUAGUCCACAGGAUCCCCUGUGAGCCAUGAAUGUCUGUAUCCAUCCAGUAGAAAACGGGUUACUGUAUACAAAUUUUAAAUUUGGGGUAUCUGAAUCAGAAAUCGCAAAAUAAAAAAUGUUGUAUACCUAUUGUUUAAUUUAAAUCCCAAAUUUGUCAGCCCACUUCAAACUGCUUAAAUAUUGAAAAUUGAAUGUAUUGACUGCCAAUAUGCCAACAUCUCAGACAUUGCUUUUCAGAGACAUUUUGAGGUGGUGGCUCAACAGGUGUUGGAUUCAGUCUUCAGAUUGAUUGAUUCAUGUGUCCUUAAGUAGUGACAGGGAUGUUGAUGUGGUGAGUGUCCCCAAUCAAUGAUUCUUAAAAGUCUUAUUUUUUAUCUACAAUCAACAGCA